AUGGCACUCUUCCGCACCCAAUCGGCGCAGGAGCGUGCGGAGGCGGCCAAGAGAGAGAAGGCUGCGAAAAAGGAGGCAGAGAAGAGGGCCAAGGAGGAGCAGGAACGGCUCGAGGCCGAGCAUCCCUCCGCGCGAUUCCCGCCCACACAGAUCGUCAUCAGCGACACCGACUUCGAGCACCCGCCCGCGCUCAACUACACGCUGCGCACCCGCAUCAAGAGCCUUGUCUGGUUCUGGACUCUCAUCUUCAUUGACUGCGUGUGCGUGCCGAUCGUGCUGUACUUCUGCCUGUGGAACCUCACCGACCUGAGCCACAAUGCCGUCUUCAGCAUCAGCACCGGCACGCUCGGCACCGUGUCCAUCGUCGAGUACUUCAUUCGAUUCCGCCGGCUUUGGAGGAAAGGAUCAGAUUGCCGCGUCAUCGGGGCGCGCCGCUGGUAUCUCGACUUCUUUCACUGGAACCUGUCCGUCGGCUGGAUGGCCGUCAUGGUUGAGCUGAUCGUCGGCACAAUCCCCGCCGAGCCUCCUAUUCGACUUCUAGCCAUGCCCGCGACGAGCAUGCUGUUCGCGUUUGGCAUCCAGAUGCUCAUCAUCGACGUCCUGCGCCUGGCUGGCUACCGCGCUCCCAUCCGCAUAUCGUCGCUACCGCGGGGUACGCCCUUGCGACCCGGAAUAUACUCCAUCAUCGAAGACGUGUGCGCCGUCGACGGAUCCGGCGGCACAGAAUUCAGGCAGAGACUCAACCUGCGCUACAUGGCAAGCCAUUACUUCCGGCAGAUGCUGCACAGAUUGACCCUAUUCUGGGCAUUUGGUGCCCUCGCGGCAGCAAGCGCAACUACGGCUAUCAUCUUCACCGUGAACAGGGACGCUGCUUACGUGGUUGGCUGGACCGUACCCUUUGCCUGGGCCGCCGUUUGGGCGGCGAUCACGACGAAGUGGGUGCAACUGAGCCUCGCACAUGAGCACAGGGUCUGGACAGAAGAGCGCCAGAAAGCCCAAACCGCACCUUAA